AUGUCGGGGGCUUACAAACUUUACGAUUAUGACCCAUCCAAAGGCGCUGCUGUCGCCUUUGCGAUCAUCUUCGCCAUCACGACUCUCCUUCAUAUGUUUCAGAUGAUUCGGAAGCGGUCAUGGUACUUUAUACCCUUCGUCAUCGGAGGACUUUUCGAAACGAUUGGAUAUGCAGCACGAUAUAGCAGCGCAACGCAAACGCCAAAUUGGACGCUGGGGCCAUACAUCAUACAGACGUUGUUACUUUUGCUGGCUCCUUCCCUCUUUGCGGCUUCGAUAUAUAUGAUUCUCGGACGUAUUAUUCUCCUUCUCAAUGGCGCUUCUCGAUCUCUCAUCCGGCCGUCGUGGAUGACAAAGAUUUUUGUAACUGGCGAUGUGUUGUCUUUUCUUAUCCAGAGCGGAGGAGGUGGUAUGAUGGCCAACGCCAAAGCCCAGAAUACCAUCAACCUCGGGAAUCAUAUCAUCAUCGUCGGUCUCCUUGUCCAGCUGAUAUUCUUCGGGUUCUUCAUCAUCAUCUCGGUUGUUUUCCACCGUCGCAUGCUCGCCUCACCUACCGAAGCAUCCAUGGUGGUCACUGUUCCCUGGUCGCGGUACAUGACGAUCAUGUACGCCGUGAAUGCGCUGAUCAUGAUCCGUUCCGUGUACCGAGUUAUCGAGUACGUGCAGGGAGCGCAGGGUAUUUUACAGGAGCACGAAGCGUACUUGUAUGCAUUCGACUCCUCGUUGAUGGUCAUUUGCAGUUUGAUUUUCAACGUGUUUCAUCCUAGUCAGGUUAUUACUGGAGGGGGGAAGAAUUACGAGAAGAUGCAGGAAGAUCUCGAGAUGCUGAAUGCAUCGCGACAGAAUUUGGCAUAUGAAGGUGGCGACAGAUGA